CUGGAACGAAUUAUACAGUUUCGAGCAAAAAUUGGCCAUUAAGUUAUCAAUGUCAGCCAGUUUAAGCAAAUAGGCAGUAACGCUUUCUCCUAUGCGCCAUGAUUGUUGAUACAGAUGUAUGCCACAUCUGUGGUGUGGUGACCUUUGAAGAUGCCUCAAACGCGAAUCUAUAUAAUAUUUCAUCACGAUAUUUGUUUACGAUGGAGAGUCCUUACCUCCACACCGAACACCAUAACUGGAGGAACUCCCCGUGCAUGCUGAUCGCGUUCUGGUACACCGGUAUGUUCCACAAGGACCUUUUGGCUUCCUGUCAUAAUUUAGUCCUAUGUCAGCAGCACGCCAUGAUGGUUAAGGCUGCCCAGCUGAUGCUAACUUCACUCAUUCUCCACAGCGUUACACUUGGAAGCCAGCUGGAGAGGCAUUCACCAGACAAGAGACAUCAAACACAGACUAGCCAAGUCUUGAAACAGCGGACACAAUUUUUACGACUGCCGUGCUCAUGUGGGGGCGACAACUGUGGGUGUUGUGCCACUCUAAGUGUCCCACCUCUGUAUUUCAACCAGCAAGGAUGUGUCCAGCUGACAUAUGUUCCGGCAGAACUUGGUGUGGAUCUAGAUGUCCUCCUGAAUGGCAACAAUCUGUACCAUACCUCCUUGUCAGCCAGAAAUCCUCCCCCCUUUUGUGUGGGGACAGGCGUACCCCUGCUUAACCUUUGCAUCCGACUAUACAACAUCCGGGUGCAAAACAACAAUGUACAUGUGUGUAUCAACUUGGAGCUACAGUUUGCAAAUAGGCCCCUCAUCGUCGUCUCUUUUGACUGUGUCCGAGUUGGCGUUGAUGGAGUUGGUAUUGAGAAGCCUUCUACAUCUCGUGUUAUGAGCCCUGAUCCUGUCAGGGGUAAACAUGUGAGAACUAUCAGUUUCACCCCAGAAACACUACAUUCAUCUGCAUACACUACCAUCAAUUCUGACUGGAAUGUCCGAAGCCAUUUAUAGUCACAAUUGUUCAGCAGCCCAGCAAAGAGAAACCAUAAUGGAAUAUGACAUGACGGUAACUGGUAACCAUAUCUCACGGGUCUGAAAGAAGACCAGCAUCAGUUAUUGAAAAUUUAAAGUUUUCAUGAAGAUUUCUGUCUU